UGUGUAAAAAAAAAAGACAAAAACAUCAAGAUCAACAAUCACGAACUAUAUUUUAAAAUUAGAACAAUGACUCAUCAAGAUUUUGUGAUUUAGGGCAGAUGUAGGCGUGGAAUGGUGGAAGCUCCGCCCACAGGCGUGGACACAUGACUACAAACCAGAGCUGAUGAGACAACGAGUCUCAGUCACUUCAUCACGUCAGACGAGACGAGACGUUUGUGAUUCAGAGUGAAGAUGUCGCAGCAGUUUCCCGCGCUCUCCGAGACGCAGAAGAGAGAUUUGCAUGAAACUGCUCUGCGUAUCGUUUCUCCGGGGAGAGGAAUCCUCGCUGCAGACGAGUCUGUCGGCAGCAUGGCCAAGCGUCUGGCCCAGGUCGGGGUGGAGAACUCGGAGGAGAACCGCCGACAGUUCCGUCAGAUUCUCUUCAGCGCCGAUGAUCGCAUCAACAGCUGCAUCGGCGGCGUCAUCUUCUUCCACGAGACUCUGUACCAGCACACGGAUCACGGCGUUCCCUUCGUCAAGAUGAUCCGGGACAAGGGGAUUCUGGUGGGAGUGAAGGUUGAUAAAGGUGUGGUUCCUCUGCCGGGAACCUGUGGAGAAUCAACCACACAAGGUCUGGAUGGAUUAUCCGAGCGCUGUGUUCAGUACAGAAAAGACGGAGCGUCGUUUGCUAAGUGGCGUUGUGUUCUGAGAAUCAGUGACACUAAUCCGUCUAAACUGGCCAUCAACGAAAACGCCAACGUCCUCGCACGAUACUGCAGCAUCUGUCAGCAGCAUGGAAUAGUUCCCAUCAUCGAGCCGGAGAUUCUUCCUGACGGAGAUCAUGACCUGAGACGCUGCCAGUACAUCACUGAGAAGGUUCUGGCUGCAGUCUACAAGGCCAUGUCGGACCACCACGUCUACCUGGAGGGAACUCUCCUCAAACCUAACAUGGUGACACCAGGACACAGCUGCUCCACCAAGUACAGCCCAGAGGAGGUCGCUAUGGCGACUGUCACCGCCCUGCGCCGCACUGUUCCCCCUGCUGUCACAGGCGUGACCUUUCUCUCUGGAGGUCAGAGUGAAGAAGAAGCCACCGUUCACCUCAACGCCAUCAACAACUGCCCUCUGUCCAAACCCUGGAUCCUCAGCUUCUCGUUCGGUCGAGCGCUGCAGGCGUCGGCGCUGCGAGCGUGGAGAGGACACAAGGAGAACGAGAAAAGUGCCACUGAGCAGUUUAUCAAGAGAGCGGAGGUGAACAGUCUGGCCUGUCAGGGUAAAUACUCGGGCGCUGACAACUGUGGAGAAACUAACCCGAGAAUCUAUGGAUCCUAUCAUACUUACUGAAUUACAUUUACAUUAACACUAAAUUAAAAAACGUCACACUUUACUUUAGAUAUUAAUACGCAGUAUUUUAGAAUAGUGAACACUCACAGUGAUGUAUAUGUGACAUGAGUGUCUUUUCUUCAGAAUAUUUUAGGCUUAUUAUUAAUGCAUGUAUUUCAGUAAUGUCACAAAUAAAGCUUUAAAAUCCUGCGUUUAAUUCUCACUAUCACAAAUACUAAUAUUCCCACAUACUAUAAGUACAUUUAUAACAGCAGGAUAAAUAUAACAGCAACACUAGUUUGUGUUCAUGAUUAUAAUGACAUCAUAAUAAUAAUAAUAAUAAUAAUAAUAAUAAUAAUGAUAACGUUAGAAUCUCGCUCCGUUUCUCUGGAUUUGAGAGUGUUUUUGUUUAACUGUUUAUUUAACAUUGACCUCACAUUUAAUUAGAAUGAAAGCAACAGAAUUGACUUCAGGCUCAUAUUUAUGUGUUAUAAUAUUUAUGGUAUUUAUCCUCAGGCAGAAAAACAAAUGUAAAGCAACAACAAUGUAAUACAGCUGUGUGUGUGUGUGUGUGUGUGUGUGUGUGUUUUCACACAAUAAAACAGCGUUCAUGCAGAGUCUGAAGAAGA